AUGUCUCAGGCCAGGGCCAUCAAUGGCAAUGGGAUUUUUAUCAUCUCCACACCUCAGAAAUUCAAGCCUUCUCUGGAUAAUUGCAUUUCACUGCUGCUGCCAGGGGAUGUCGCGGAAAAGGCUGCUCAAGGAGACCAGACAGACAAGACGGACUCUAGAACGUACAGCCUGGCUCAGCUCACGGAGCUGCAGAACAAACUCAUGCUGAUAGCCACAAAGGCUGAGCAGGGCAGAGAAGAGGUGAACAGGUUCCUGGAGAUCCUGGAAAAAAUUGAAAUGGUUGGGAAGCUCUACUUGCAACUUCUCAGCGUUGGCAACAUCCUUUUCAUAGAUUGGAAAGCUGAAGUUUACUGUGACCCCAAACGCAAAGUAACAAUCUACGCAGAGUUUGGAAUAGCCGGAAUCCUUGUUCAGAGUAAAAAACCCAUCCUGGAAGAAUUAGAUGGCAUUUGCAAAAUCAUGGAGCAUUGCCUUGUAGAGUGGAAGAAAUAUCUGGAGACUCAAAGGAACAAUUAUUGCCAUCUAAACAUGUUCACUGCACGCCAACUCUUCUACUUGUGUAGCAAGUUAGCCAAACUGCAUGAAGGACAAACAGACCCACAGGCUCUCAAUAUGCUUUCUGUUUUCAAGCAUGAUGUUAAAGAAGAGGAUAUCAGAGAAGCAUUAAAGAGAGCACUUGAAACUCCUGCAGAAUCCGUUGAUAUAUCAGAGAAGGAUGAUCAGUCCGUGUCCUGGAAUGACUACAUUGUUAAAUUUCCUCAGCUCAUCCAAGGUCUGGUUGAGUCUGGGUAUGACGAAUCAGUGGGUAAGGCAGCUCUCCAGAGUUAUCUGCCAAACUCAGCCAUCACUGAGCAAAUGCUCAUGGAAUUCGCCUUAGACUAUGCUGAUGAAGAGGAAAAGAUUGAAGAGCUGAGCAAAUUAUACGACGAGCAGAGAGAAGCCUUUCUGCAGAAGUCCAUGAAGUUUAAAAACAGGAACAGAGAUGUGGAUCCAUCCACCUUCCAAAGCCUUGCAAAAGAUGAAGUGGCCACUUCCUUUGAGAGUUUGCCGUCUAUCCAUGCCAAGGUGCAUUUGCUCUGGAACGCUUACCGUAGCAAGCUCACUGGCUUGGUGUCAGACAAAUACAUUAGCCUGGAUGUUUUCGGUGAAAUGCUGAAAUACCUGACAUCUCCUGAAACCGCUGUCAUUGAGAGGAAUUUACCAGUGGGUUUGGAAGCGGGGAAGCCUUGCCUUGUCACAUGUAAAGAAGAGCAGAUGUUACCCUCCUUGUUGUCUGUCUAUACGCACUCCAAGGGGGCACCUCUUCCAACGUAUGAUGAGGUGCUGGUCUGUACCCCUGAGACAGAGGAAGAAGACAUUGAGCUGAUUGUGAGGAGAGCUCUUUCUCCAGACCCCAGACACAAAAAGAUCUAUUGCUUGCUUGGUGCAGAAAAAUUAGUUUACAAAGUCUCCAAGAACCUAGAGUCCCUCUUCUUCCACUUUGCACAAUCUUGCAGCAAUGCCGAUUACAGAUUUCUCAUCUUCUGUGAUGCCAAAGCUCACAAUUCUUAUGUUAUGACGGCCUUUGACACAUACAAAGUCUCCUUUUCCUGUGAUUUGGGAGUAGAAAUUCAGAAAUACCUGAAGACACACCUGAGAGUGCCCAGUGGGGUGGCACCUGUUGCUCAGGUCUUUGAAAAGCCCUUUCAACAGAACGUGAAGUUUGUAUUUUCAGAGCGAGCUGGCAUGGGGAAGUCUUUGUUUGUAGCAAAUACCACCAGAAAAGCCAAAACCCGACCAGAGAAUGCAGAGCUGAGACACAAAACCAUUAGGCUGACGGAGUCGGAAAUAGAUUUUGGAUUUCUCCUGGAGGAGCUUCGCUCACUGGAACAAAAACCAACUGAGGCUGGGCCCAGGAUCUUCCACAUUGACGUAUCCCCUGUGAUGACCAGUGAAAUGGAGAAAGGAUUUCUAGGUCUCCUUCCAGCUGUGAAAUGCAUGUCACCAGUAGAAGUACUAGAGAUGCUUAAAAACAACAGUUCUGGAGAUGCUGCUGAAGUGGAACAACAGCUACUGGACAGUGACACGUUCAGGGGUGAUGCCUUCCAAAGGUCAUACCAGUACAUCAGCAGAUACCAGCGAAAGGCUGAUCUUGACAGGUUCUGUUUCACCCCUGGGAGGGUUGAAGGGACCCAGGAAGAGUGUCUGAGGCUCUUGUUGGACUCCUGUGGGAGAAAGAACCCUUCCUGGACUGAGCUCAGCAACUUCACACGCUUCCUAAACCUCCAGCUGAUGAAGUGUGAAAACUCAGUGUUCUGCAGCAGCGAAUUAGUGGAAGAGGGAUUUAAGGGGUUCAAGGCAUUUGUGAUAAAAUUUAUGAUCACCAUGUCCAAGGACUUUGCCUUGCCUUCCCUAGCCAUGGCAGAUGAAAGCUCACCCAGCGAAGAGGAGAAAAUGGACGAGGACAGUGUAUUGAGAGGGUACCAGUUAAGACGCAAGUGGGAGCAAGAAUCUCACCCCUACAUAAUUUUCCAUGCUGACAACCACUCCAUGGAGUUCUUGGGUUUCCAUAUCAAUUCGAGUUUUGAUGCUGUUGAUGCACAUUCACAGGCUGUUCUAGAGAAGAAGGUUAUUGACCGACAUUUAUAUCGCACCCUUGAGUUUCAGAAAGUCCCUUUCAAUAAAAAGUUUGAAGAUCUGUCCAGACAAGAGCAGCUAGAAACUCUCUGCAGCGUAUUCGGUGUGAGAAGCUCCCAAGACCCAGAUGAAUCCUACCAACUGACCCUGGACAAUACCAUGAAAAUGCUGGCCAUUCACCUGAGGUUCCAGUGUGGGAUUCCCGUGAUCGUCAUGGGCGAAACAGGCUGUGGGAAGACCAAGUUGGUGCAGUUCAUGUGCAGCUUGCAAAGAGCAGGAAAGGAUGUUCAGAAUAUGAUGCUGGUGCGUGUUCAUGGAGGCACCAGCUCCAAAAUCAUCCACCAGAAAGUCAAGGAAGCCAUCGAGCUGGCGCGCGUCAAUGAAGAGACGUACUGCAUAGUGGAUGAGAGAAGAAAACCAGGAACGACCGGUCCAUCACACAUCGUCAUCAUAACCAAAGUCCCAAGGAUACUCGGGGGGUGCAGUUACCUGGCAUUCAGUGCUGGUGAGUGGCGCACUGUUCACUUGGAUGACUUGCUUCCUCCCGAGACCUUUGCAGCCAAUCUGGGACAGCUCUCCAAAAUGACAGUCGCUGAGAUUUUCAUGAACAGCACCCAGCAGAGAACCGACACAAGUUGUCCAGAGGAUUCUGUUGCCCCUGAAGAUGCUGAAAAAGCCAAUGACUCCCCAGAGGAAAAUCUGCAACUGAUCAACACUGAAUUCCUGAUCAAACAAAGUGUCCAGAAAGCUGUAAUCCAGCUGGAGGAUAAGAAAGACAACAGCCAGCGAGCUACAAAAAGGAUACAGAUCCUCUAUGAUGCACUUUUUCAGUCUCAGAGCAAGAAUAUAUUUGCCAGUCAUUUUAUGGAAGUGUUGAAAAGGAGAAUUUGUAACCUUUUACAAGAACAAGAGAUGGUGAGCCAUAAGCCUAGAGAGUGGAUUUUCCGCAGAGCUCUGUCUAGCGAGUUCAUACUUGAAGGCACUUCAUUCAGGCAUGUUGUCUGGAUUCAUUUGGAAGACAUUCUGGCAAACAUGUUUGCUCAAAUUCUAGCAGUAGUUGAUGCAAACAACAACUUGGAUCACAUCUCUCAAGAAACUCCUAUCUCUGACCUCUGGCUCCAGAUGUUCAAAGAUGAAUCAUUUCUGAAGAUUAAGUAUACCAGCAAGGCCCCUGAUGCUAAGAUUUCUGUGUUAUCAAUGAGCGAAGACCCCAGCAGGUCCACACAGUGCUGCUUUCCAUUCAGCUGGGUUUUGAAAGCUCGCCUGGACGAGAUAUGGGAGAAAGUCCAUCGGGUGAAAGGUUAUCCAAAGGACCCUACUGUGGACUCUGCUGAGAUGUUUCAAAGCUCUAUCUUGAAUAUGCCAGUGCCAGAUGGCAAUAGUCCAGAAAUGGUUCAGCGUUAUGCCAGUGAUUUUGUGAGGAUGGCUUUUCCAGGGCAAGAUGUUCAGGUUUAUGAGAUUCUGUCUAAUGUUCUCAUAACUGGUGCAAAGCAGCUCUGCACCUCUUUGACACAGGACGAGGUGGGGUUUUCCCUGAUUUGGUUGCACAUUGAAUAUUUCUACCUACAAGAGAAUUAUCAGCUGUUCAUCAAUUUAGUGAAGAAUGAGGAGACUCUAGCCAAUGAGCUGCAGAAAGUUUAUAAAGAAGACACAACUAAAAUGUUUGUAGCUCUUGAUGCCGUGAGCAUCGUCCUGAAGCAGCUGCAGCCCACAGAGAAGGCACUUCUGCCAUUCAACGCCUGCCUGAGCUGGCUGAAAAGGAUCAAGUCCAUUAAGCACACUGUGGAGCUGAUCACAUUGGACGACUACCAGAUGAGACUUUACGAUAACAAAGAGGAAUUAUUGAACAGCGUAUUACACCAAUGGAAUUGCACCAACAUCGUCUACCUGCUCAUCGAUCACCUGCUACACGAUGAAACCAACGUGGAUGAGAAGCUGCUAAAGCUCGUUGUGAAGCAGUUUGUCUUCCUCUGGAAUUUACUGUACAAAACUGAAGACCGUAAACCAGCAAAGAUUUUUGAAGUUGUGACAAAAGUGCUGAAGAGAUGCAGCAACAAUGCUGCUACCGUCUACCUUGUGAAGGGUGUGAACGAGUGCAAAAGCUGCCAGAAUGAGAUCACUGACCCAGCUGAGCUGCCCUGCGGUCACAUUUUCUGCACUCAGUGCAUCCGGGAGUGGAACAUCCGGCAGUGCAAGAUCUGCAAGGAGAGUGUCCCUGAGGAUUACGUGCCCACUGCCUCCCAGAUCACCAGGGAGGCAGUUGCAAGUCACAACAAAUUCAGGAGGAAGUGCAACUCAUUCUUUGUGGAGUUUGUCAGUAGUUACUGUUUUGGGGACAAAAUCCCUCCAUCUGCAGAGAUCAUCGAACAACUGAUUAAGUUCGUGGCUUGCAAACCUUCUAACUCAGAACAUCCAGAGGUUAGAAAGGUGUACAAACCAACGAGUGACUUGUCGCCCUUUGAAGAAUGCAUGGAUCCGAGUCCUACUGUCAAGUCUUCCCUUUUGAAAAUGUUGCUCCGAUGCAGACUAGACGAUGUGAAGGAACACCUGGAAGGCUAUCUCUCCAGGAUGGAGGAAGUAUUAUCAUUAAAUCAAAGCAGUCGCAAUGAUUUCUAUUUCAUGGUAGUGUGCUGCUUUGAGGAUUUUAUGUAUUCCUCCUUUGAAGAAGAUGCCAGCCAGAAUUCGGAGCACGUGCUCUCCACUGCAGAUCUGUCUGCUCCCAGCUCUGCCACCGUCACCAGCAUUGAAAACCUGCAGUUCAUUGCUAAGCUCCGACUCGCCAUCGGUAACGUCGCAGCUGUGCUUGGCAGAGAACUGCCAAGUGCUGCAGACCAGAAUACAUGGACCAGUGCUGAAACUGCAGAGAAACAGUCCCAACUUGUGAAUUCCAUGAAAAAUCUGGUUGAAAAGGCCCAAACACCUUGGCCUCAAAUAUUCCUGAUUAGAAAUCUUUGUAAUUUCUAUGGGCUGAACAUAAUGCAGAAGAUUCUUCAGCAAGAGUCGUGGAUUUUACCCAGAGGAAUUGAGACUUCACAGGACAUGAAAAUCAGCUCCAAUACACCCUUGAUGCUUGUGACGCUAGACAGAGCAAGAGGCCUCAUUAAAAACACAGACUCCGAAGAAGCCAAGCAACUAACAGCCAUCACAAAGCACAUGGAGAGGCUCCUACAGGCAUCGCGGCCAUCAGAAGAAUCCAUGGAAAACAAAUUGGAAAAGAUCAUGAGUGACGUGAGCAGCCAGGAGAAUGCAGCCUUGCUGGAAGUGGUGCUGCAUACUGCUCUCACGCUGACCCUGUCCCAGCACCCGCUCACCGAGCUAUUCAAAUCCAUCUGCUUCCAGCCCAGCGCUGUCAAGGUGAGUCUAAAGCAAAGAGCCAUUGUAUUCCUCCUUGGCCCCAGCAGCUCUGUGUGCCACUGA